CCAUGGGUGUCGGCCGGAGGAUGCUGGGCCCGCUCUGGGUGCUGGCCCUGGCCCUGGCCUGUGCCCAGCAUGCAGGCCUGGCCCUGGACAGCCCCACAGAACACAGCCACUUCCUGGACCUGCCUCCUGUGCCCCAGGGUCCAGCUGGUGAGCCUGUGCGUGGGGUCACCAUCCUCCCGCCAAUGAGAACUGUCCCUGUGAUACGAGCCCUGAACCCCGCGCACAACGGGCGGGUGUGCAGCACGUGGGGCGACUUCCACUACAAGACCUUCGACGGCGCCAUCUUCCGCUUCCCCGGGCUCUGCAACUACGUGCUGUCGGCGCACUGCGGGGCUGCCUACGAGGACUUCAACCUGCAGGUCCGGCGCUGUGACCCUGCCACCACCGACACCACCAGUGUGUGCGGCGUCACACUCAAGCUGGACGGCAUGGUCGUGGGGCUGACCGGGAAGUCCGUGCUGGUCAACGGCGCCCCGGUCCAGCUGCCCUUCAGCCGGUCGGGGGUCAGCAUCGAGCUGGGCAGCGGUUACGUGAAGGUGGCGGCACGGCUGGGGCUGGUCUUCAUGUGGAACCAGGAUGGCAGCCUCCUGCUGGAGCUGGACCCCAAGUACGCCAACCAGACCUGUGGGCUGUGCGGGGACUUCAACGGGCUGCCUGACUUGAAUGAAUUCUUUGUCCACGGCGCCAGGGUGAGCCCGGUGGAGUUCGGGAACCUGCAGAAGAUGGACGGCCCCACGGAGCAGUGCCAGGACCCCGUCCCCGCGCCCCUCCAGAACUGCUCCACGAACGCGACGCUCUGUGAGGAGACCCUGAGCGGCCCGCUCUUCUCCGGCUGCGCCCGCCUGGUGGACGCCAGCAGCUACGUGGAGGCGUGUCGGCGGGACCUGUGCGCCUGCCGCGAGGAGGACCCCAGCCGCUGCGGCUGCCACACGCUGGCCGAGUACGCGCGCCAGUGCGCCCACGCGGGGGGCCGGCCCCGGGACUGGAGGGGCCCCCAGCUCUGCGCCGCCCAGUGCCCCGCCGGCAUGCAGCACCGCGAGUGCGGGUCCCCCUGCGCCGACACCUGCUCGAACCCCGAGCGCGCUCAGCUCUGCGAGGACCACUGCGUGGCCGGGUGCUUCUGCCCCGAGGGGACGGUGCUGGAUGACAUCGGCCACUCGGGCUGCGUACCCGUGGCCCAGUGCCCCUGCACGCACAACGGCAUCACCUUCGCCCCGGGGACCGGCUACGCCACCGACUGCACCAACUGCACCUGCUCCGCGGGCCGCUGGGGCUGCAGGGAGCGGCCGUGCCCCGGCACCUGCGCAGUGCUGGGCGGUGCGCACAUCUCCACCUUCGACGAACGGCACUACACGGUGCACGGCGAGUGCGGCUACGUGCUGGCCAAGCCCUGCACCGGCAGCGCCUUCUCCGUGCUGGCCGAGCUGCGCAGGUGCGGCCUGACCGCCAGCGAGACCUGCCUGAAGAGCGUGACGCUGAGCCUGGACGGGGGCCACUUGGUCGUGGAGGUCAAGGCCAGCGGGGAGGUGUUUGUGAACCAGAUGUUCACCCAGCUGCCGGUGUCCACAGCCAACAUCACCCUCCUGAGACCGUCCACCUUCUUCGUCGUGGUGCACACGGAGCUGGGCCUGCAGCUGGACGUGCAGCUGGUGCCCACCAUGCAGGUCUUCCUACGGCUGGAGCCCCGGCUCCGGGGUCUGACCUGCGGCCUGUGCGGGAACUUCAACCAGAAUCAGGGGGACGACUUCCGGGCGCUGAGCGGCGUGGUGGAGGGCACCGCGGCCGCCUUCGCCAACACCUGGAAGGCCCAGGCCAACUGCCCCAACGUGCGGAACAGCUACGAGGACCCCUGCGCCCUCAGCGUGGAGAACGAGAAGUAUGCCCAGCACUGGUGCUCCCGGCUCACCGACCCUCAGGGCCCCUUCGCCAGCUGCCAUGAGGCCGUGAACCCUAGUGUCUAUUACUCGAACUGCAUGUUCGACACGUGCAACUGUGAGAAGACGGAAGACUGUCUGUGUGCUGCCCUGUCCUCCUACGUGAGGGCCUGCGCCUCUCGCGGCGUGCUGCUGCAGGGCUGGCGGGCCGGCGUGUGCGCAAAGCCCCUGACGGCCUGCCCCAAAUCUCUGAAAUACGAGUACAACGUGAGCAGCUGCCAGCCCACCUGCCGCAGCCGGGCUGGCCAGGACGCCUCCUGCGGGGUCCGCUUCGUGCCAGUGGACGGCUGUGUGUGCCCUCAGGGCACCUUCCUGGACGACACGGGCAAGUGUGUGCCGGCGACCAGCUGUCCCUGCUACCAUGGCAGCUCCGUGGUGCCUAAUGGGGAGACACUGCACGAAGGCGGGGCCAUCUGCACCUGCACACAGGGGUCGCUGAGCUGCAUCGGGGGCCAGACCUCUGCCCCAGUCUGUGCACCCCCCAUGGUCUACUUUGCCUGCCGCAAUGCCACGCCCGGCGCUGCCGGGGCCGGCUGUCAGAAAAGCUGCCACACGUUGGACAUGGAGUGUUACAGCCCCCAGUGUGUGUCCGGCUGCGUGUGUCCUGAUGGGCUGGUGGCCGACGGCUUGGGCAGCUGCGUGUCUGCAGAUGACUGUCCUUGUGUCCACAACGAGGCCAGUUACCAGACGGGCCAGACCAUCCGCGUGGACUGCAACACCUGCACGUGUAAGCACCGACACUGGGAAUGCACAAAGGAGCCCUGCAUGGCCACCUGCGCUGUGUACGGAGACGGCCACUACAUCACCUUCGACGGGCAUCGCUACAGCUUCAGCGGGGACUGCCAGUACACUCUGCUCCAGGACCAGUGCGGGGGCAACAGCAGCUCUCGGGACGGCUUCCGGGUCAUCACGGAGAACGUGCCCUGCGGCACCACAGGGACCACCUGCUCCAAGGCCAUCAAGAUCUUCCUGGGGAGCUCGGAGCUGAGGCUGAGCGAUGGCCAGGUGGAGGUGCUGGAGAAGGGCGCCGGCCCGCCCACCUACUCCAUCCGCCAGAUGGGGCUCUACCUGGUGCUGGACACCGAGGCCGGCCUGCUGCUGCUCUGGGACAAGAAGACCAGCCUCCUCCUCCGCCUCGAGCCCCGCUUCAAGGGCCGGGUCUGCGGGCUGUGCGGGAACUUUGACGACAACGGGCUCAACGACUUCACCACGCGGAGCCAGUCGGUGGCGGGCAGCGCGCGGGAGUUCGGCAACAGCUGGAAGUUUUCGCCGACCUGCCCCGACGCCCCGGCCCCCAGGGACCCCUGCAGCGCCAACCCCUACCGCAAGGCCUGGGCACAGCGCCAGUGCAGCAUCAUCAACGGUGCACCCUUCGCAGCCUGCCGCGCCCACGUGGAGCCGACGCCCUACUACGAGGCCUGCGUGAGCGACGCGUGUGCCUGUGACUCGGGCGGGGACUGUGAGUGCUUCUGCACAGCAGUGGCCGCCUACGCCCAGGCCUGCCAUGAUGCUGGCAUCUGCGUGUCUUGGAGGACUCCGGACAUCUGCCCCCUGUUCUGCGACUACUACAACCCCGAAGGCCAGUGUGAGUGGCACUACCAGCCCUGCGGGGCGCCCUGCCUCAGGACCUGCCGGAACCCCAGCGGCCGCUGCCUGCACGACCUGCAAGGCCCAGAAGGCUGCUACCCCAAGUGCCCCCCAGAGGCCCCCAUCUUUGACGAGGAUGGGAUGCAGUGUGUGACCACCUGCCCCACGCCCACACCCGCACCCCUCUGCCGGGUCCAGGGUAGGACCUACCGGCCAGGCGCCGCUGUGCCCUCGGAGCAGAACUGUCACUCCUGCGUGUGCACCGAGGCUGGAGUCCAGUGCAGCUAUGACAAGGAUGCCUGUGUCUGCACCUAUGGCGGCCAGCACUUCCGGCCCGGGGAGGUCAUCUACCAGACCACGGACGGCACCGGCGGCUGCAUCUCUGCCCAAUGUGGGCCCGACGGCUCCAUCCAGCGGCGGGUCAGCCCCUGCGGCCCCUCCACACAGGCCCCCCAGACCACCUUCUCCUUCUCCACACCCCCACAGGCAGGGAGCUCCACACACCCACUGACCACGCACGCCAGCUCCACAGUAACGACUGCCACCAGGACCACGGCCACCCCAAGAGCUCUAUCCUCACCCACGCCCACAUCCACACCCACCACAACCCCCACAUCCACUACAACCGCCACGCCAACCACAACCCCCACAUCCACUACAACCGCCACUCCAACCACAACCCCCCCAUCCACUACAACCGCCACGCCAACCACAACCCCCACAUCCACUACAACCGCCACUCCAACCACAACCCCCACAUCCACUACAACCGCCACGCCCAACACAACCCCCACAUCCACGCAAACCACAACCCCCACAUCCACGCCCACCACAACCCCCACAUCCACGCCCACCACAACCCCCACGCCCACGUCCACUACAACCCCCACACCCACCACAACCCCCACGCCCACCACAACCCCCACAUCCACUAAAACCGCCACGUCCACCACAGCCCCCACAUCCACGCCCACCACAACCCCCACGCCCACCACAACCCCCAUAUCCACUACAACCGCCACGCCCACCACAACCCCCCCAUCCACUACAACCGCCACACCCAACACAACCCCCACAUCCACGCCCACCAUAACCCCCACAUCCAUGCCCACCACAACCCCCACUACAACCCCCACACCCACCACAACCCCCACGCCCACGUCCACUACAACCCCCACGCCCACCACAACCCCCACAUCCACGCCCACCACAACCCCCACAUCCACGCCCACCACAACCCCCACGCCCACCUCCACGGCCACCCCGCCCUGUGGAGAGGACUGCCAGUGGUCACCGUGGCUGGACGUCAGCUGGCCAGGCCUAGGCCCUGACAGUGGGGACUUUGAUACUCUGGACAACCUCCGCGCCCAUGGGCACCGGCUGUGUCAGGCGCCCAGAGCCGUGCAGUGCCGAGCUGAGGAUGCACCCGGGGAGCCUCUGGAGGCUCUUGGGCAGCGGGUGCAGUGCAGCCCUGAGGUGGGGCUGACCUGCCACAACCGGGACCAGGCCUCAGGACGCUGCUACAACUACCAGAUCCGCGUGCUGUGUUGCACCCCCCGAGCCUGCACCCCAGCCCCGCCCACCACCUCCAGGACCACGCCCACGGGGCCCACCAGCUUGGUGCCCACCGCCACCUCUGGGUCCACAUGGGUCUCGAGCGAGUCCACGAACAAGGUGUCCUGUGUGCAGCAACGGUGCUCCUGGACUGACUGGCUGGACGCCAGCUACCCCCAACCCAGCAUGGACGGUGGGGACUUCGACACCUUCCAGAACCUCAGGGCCAAGGGCUUCCGCUUCUGUGCCCGGCCGAGCGCGGUGGAGUGCCGGGCGCAGUUCUUCCCUGACACACCACUGGCGGCACUGGGCCAGGACGUGGUGUGCGACACGCAGGUGGGGUUGCUGUGUCUCAACAAGGACCAGCUGCCCCCCAUCUGCUACAACUACGCCAUCCGCAUCCAGUGCUGUGAGCCCGUGGACGUGUGCCACGGGACCGGCGUGCCCUCCGGCAGCCCGAGCACCUCGCUCCCCACGCACCCCACCACGACGACCACGGCCAGCACUCCUGUAACCAGGGUGCCCGAGACCCCUGACACGUCCAGUGGUGUUCCCUACAUACUCUCGCCUUCAACCACCAUGGCCAGCACAGCCUCCUCACCCAGCACCACCAGCUCCGCUCACACCUCUGUCACCAGCCACCACCCAUCCACAGGACCCCCAGAAACCAUGACCCCCAAGACCACGUCAGGAACAACCACUGCUCCCACCAGCAGCAGCAGCAGCCAGACUUCCAGCAUGAGACACCGAGAGACCACGUCCCCCAGUACCACGUCCAGAACAACCACUGCUCCCACCACCACCAGCCAGACUCCCAGCUCCAGACCCACAGAGAGCACGUCCCCCGAGACCACGCCCAGCACCACUCAUUCUGAAACCACACUCUCCACCCCUGUGACCUCCACGACCUCCCUCCCCACCUCAGUGACAAGCCACCUCUCUCCCGGCACAGACAACUGCCUGCCACGGUGCACGUGGACCAAGUGGUUCGACGUGGACUUCCCCACGCCAGGGGCCCACAGAGGGGACGACGAGACCUACGACAACAUCGUGCGGCACGGGGAGCGGCUCUGCCCCCGAGAGCACAUCAGCCAGCUGGAGUGCAGGGCCGAGAGCCACCCCGGCGUGAGCCUCGGGGACCUGGGCCAGGUGGUGCAGUGCAGCCCCGACGUGGGGCUGGUGUGCCGGAACCAGGACCAGACGGGCAGGUUCCAGAUGUGUCUCAACUAUCAGGUGCGCGUGCGGUGCUGCCAGCCACCCCCAGCAGGCUGCCCCACUGUGAGCACCAGUGUGAGCACACGACCCUCAGAGACCACGUCCCCCAGUACCACGUCCAGAACAACCACUGCUCCUACCACCAGCAGCAGCAGCCAGACUUCCAACACAAGACACGGAGAGACCACGUCCCCCAGUACCACGUCCAGAACAACCACUGCUCCCACCACCACCAGCCAGCCUCCCAGCACCAGACCCACAGAGACCACAUCCCCUAAGACCACGUCCAGGACAACCACUGCUCCCACCACCACCAGCCAAACUCCCAGCACCAGACACCCAGAGACCACGUCCCCCGAGACCACGCCCAGCACCACUCAUUCUGAAACCACACUCUCCACCCCUGUGACCUCCACGACCUCCCUCCCCACCUCAGUGACAAGCCACCUCCCUCCCGGCACAGACAACUGCCUGCCACGGUGCACGUGGACCAAGUGGUUCGACGUGGACUUCCCCACGCCAGGGGCCCACGGAGGGGACGACGAGACCUACGACAACAUCGUGCGGCACGGGGAGCGGCUCUGCCCCCGAGAGCACAUCAGCCAGCUGGAGUGCAGGGCCGAGAGCCACCCUGGCGUGAGCCUCGGGGACCUGGGCCAGGUGGUGCAGUGCAGCCCCGACGUGGGGCUGGUGUGCCGGAACCAGGACCAGACGGGCAGGUUCCAGAUGUGUCUCAACUAUCAGGUGCGCGUGCGGUGCUGCCAGCCACCCCCAGCAGGCUGCCCCACUGUGAGCACCCGUGUGAGCACACGACCCUCAGAGACCACGUCCCCCAGUACCACGUCCAGAACAACCACUGCUCCCACCAGCAGCAGCAGCCAGACUUCCAGCACAAGACACGGAGAGACCACGUCCCCCAGUACCACGUCCAGAACAACCACUGCUCCCACCACCACCAGCCAGCCUCCCAGCACCAGACCCACAGAGACCACAUCCCCUAAGACCACGUCCAGGACAACCACUGCUCCCACCACCACCAGCCAAACUCCCAGCACCAGACACCCAGAGACCACGUCCCCCGAGACCACGCCCAGCACCACUCAUUCUGAAACCACACUCUCCACCCCUGUGACCUCCACGACCUCCCUCCCCACCUCAGUGACAAGCCACCUCCCUCCCGGCACAGACAACUGCCUGCCACGGUGCACGUGGACCAAGUGGUUCGACGUGGACUUCCCCACGCCAGGGGCCCACGGAGGGGACGACGAGACCUACGACAACAUCGUGCGGCACGGGGAGCGGCUCUGCCCCCGAGAGCACAUCAGCCAGCUGGAGUGCAGGGCCGAGAGCCACCCCGGCGUGAGCCUCGGGGACCUGGGCCAGGUGGUGCAGUGCAGCCCCGACGUGGGGCUGGUGUGCCGGAACCAGGACCAGACGGGCAGGUUCCAGAUGUGUCUCAACUAUCAGGUGCGCGUGCGGUGCUGCCAGCCACCCCCAGCAGGCUGCCCCACUGUGAACACCAGUGUGAGCACACGACCCUCAGAGACCACGUCCCCCAGUACCACGUCAGGAACAACCACUGCUCCCACCACCACCAGCCAGACUCCCAGCUCCAGACCCACAGAGAGCACGUCCCCCGAGACCACGCCCAGCACCACUCAUUCUGAAACCACACUCUCCACCCCUGUGACCUCCACGACCUCCCUCCCCACCUCAGUGACAAGCCACCUCUCUCCCGGCACAGACAACUGCCUGCCACGGUGCACGUGGACCAAGUGGUUCGACGUGGACUUCCCCACGCCAGGGGCCCACGGAGGGGACGACGAGACCUACGACAACAUCCUGCGGCACGGGGAGCGGCUCUGCCCCCGAGAGCACAUCAGCCAGCUGGAGUGCAGGGCCGAGAGCCACCCGGGCGUGAGCCUCGGGGACCUGGGCCAGGUGGUGCAGUGCAGCCCCGACGUGGGGCUGGUGUGCCGGAACCAGGACCAGACGGGCAGGUUCCAGAUGUGUCUCAACUAUCAGGUGCGCGUGCGGUGCUGCCAGCCCCCGCCCGGCAAUUGCCCCUCUGUGAGCACCAGUGUGAGCACACGACCCCCAGAGACCACGUCCCCCAGUACCACGUCCAGAACAACCACUGCUCCCAGCAGCAGCAGCAGCAGCCAGACUUCCAACACAAGACACGGAGAGACCACGUCCCCCAGUACCACGUCCAGAACAACCACUGCUCCCACCACCACCAGCCAGCCUCCCAGCACCAGACCCACAGAGACCACAUCCCCUAAGACCACGUCCAGGACAACCACUGCUCCCACCACCACCAGCCAAACUCCCAGCACCAGACACCCAGAGACCACGUCCCCCGAGACCACGCCCAGCACCACUCAUUCUGAAACCACACUCUCCACCCCUGUGACCUCCACGACCUCCCUCCCCACCUCAGUGACAAGCCACCUCCCUCCCGGCACAGACAACUGCCUGCCACGCUGCACGUGGACCAAGUGGUUCGACGUGGACUUCCCCACGCCAGGGGCCCACGGAGGGGACGACGAGACCUACGACAACAUCCUGCGGCACGGGGAGCGGCUCUGCCCCCGAGAGCACAUCAGCCAGCUGGAGUGCAGGGCCGAGAGCCACCCCGGCGUGAGCCUCGGGGACCUGGGCCAGGUGGUGCAGUGCAGCCCCGACGUGGGGCUGGUGUGCCGGAACCAGGACCAGACGGGCAGGUUCCAGAUGUGUCUCAACUAUCAGGUGCGCGUGCGGUGCUGCCAGCCUCCGCCCGGCAAUUGCCCCUCUGUGAGCACCAGUGUGAGCACACGACCCCCAGAGACCACGUCCCCCAGUACCACGUCCAGAACAACCACGGCUCCCACCACCACCAGCCAGACUCCCAGCACAAGACACGGAGAGACCACGUCCCCCAGUACCACAUCCAGGACAACCACGGCUCCCACCACCACCAGCCAGACUCCCAGCACCAGACCCCCAGAGACCACGUCCCCCAGUACCACGUCCAGGACAACCACUGCUCCCACCAGCAGCAGCAGCAGCCAGACUUCCAGCACAAGACACCGAGAGACCACGUCCCCCAGUACCACGUCCAGAACAACCACUGCUCCCACCACCACCAGCCAGACUCCCAGCUCCAGACCCACAGAGACCACGUCCCCCGAGACCACGCCCAGCACCACUCAUUCUGAAACCACACUCUCCACCCCUGUGACCUCCACGACCUCCCUCCCCACCUCAGUGACAAGCCACCUCCCUCCCGGCACAGACAACUGCCUGCCACGGUGCACGUGGACCAAGUGGUUCGACGUGGACUUCCCCACGCCAGGGGCCCACGGAGGGGACGACGAGACCUACGACAACAUCCUGCGGCACGGGGAGCGGCUCUGCCCCCGAGAGCACAUCAGCCAGCUGGAGUGCAGGGCCGAGAGCCACCCGGGCGUGAGCCUCGGGGACCUGGGCCAGGUGGUGCAGUGCAGCCCCGACGUGGGGCUGGUGUGCCGGAACCAGGACCAGACGGGCAGGUUCCAGAUGUGUCUCAACUAUCAGGUGCGCGUGCGGUGCUGCCAGCCCCCGCCCGGCAAUUGCCCCUCUGUGAGCACCAGUGUGAGCACACGACCCCCAGAGACCACGUCCCCCAGUACCACGUCCAGAACAACCACUGCUCCCAGCAGCAGCAGCAGCAGCCAGACUUCCAACACAAGACACGGAGAGACCACGUCCCCCAGUACCACGUCCAGAACAACCACUGCUCCCACCACCACCAGCCAGCCUCCCAGCACCAGACCCACAGAGACCACAUCCCCUAAGACCACGUCCAGGACAACCACUGCUCCCACCACCACCAGCCAAACUCCCAGCACCAGACACCCAGAGACCACGUCCCCCGAGACCACGCCCAGCACCACUCAUUCUGAAACCACACUCUCCACCCCUGUGACCUCCACGACCUCCCUCCCCACCUCAGUGACAAGCCACCUCCCUCCCGGCACAGACAACUGCCUGCCACGGUGCACGUGGACCAAGUGGUUCGACGUGGACUUCCCCACGCCAGGGGCCCACGGAGGGGACGACGAGACCUACGACAACAUCCUGCGGCACGGGGAGCGGCUCUGCCCCCGAGAGCACAUCAGCCAGCUGGAGUGCAGGGCCGAGAGCCACCCCGGCGUGAGCCUCGGGGACCUGGGCCAGGUGGUGCAGUGCAGCCCCGACGUGGGGCUGGUGUGCCGGAACCAGGACCAGACGGGCAGGUUCCAGAUGUGUCUCAACUAUCAGGUGCGCGUGCGGUGCUGCCAGCCUCCGCCCGGCAAUUGCCCCUCUGUGAGCACCAGUGUGAGCACACGACCCCCAGAGACCACGUCCCCCAGUACCACGUCCAGAACAACCACGGCUCCCACCACCACCAGCCAGACUCCCAGCACAAGACACGGAGAGACCACGUCCCCCAGUACCACAUCCAGGACAACCACGGCUCCCACCACCACCAGCCAGACUCCCAGCACCAGACCCCCAGAGACCACGUCCCCCAGUACCACGUCCAGGACAACCACUGCUCCCACCAGCAGCAGCAGCAGCCAGACUUCCAGCACAAGACACCGAGAGACCACGUCCCCCAGUACCACGUCCAGAACAACCACUGCUCCCACCACCACCAGCCAGACUCCCAGCUCCAGACCCACAGAGACCACGUCCCCCGAGACCACGCCCAGCACCACUCAUUCUGAAACCACACUCUCCACCCCUGUGACCUCCACGACCUCCCUCCCCACCUCAGUGACAAGCCACCUCCCUCCCGGCACAGACAACUGCCUGCCACGGUGCACGUGGACCAAGUGGUUCGACGUGGACUUCCCCACGCCAGGGGCCCACGGAGGGGAUGACGAGACCUACGACAACAUCGUGCGGCAUGGGGAGCGGCUCUGCCCCCGAGAGCACAUCAGCCAGCUGGAGUGCAGGGCCGAGAGCCACCCCGGCGUGAGCCUCGGGGACCUGGGCCAGGUGGUGCAGUGCAGCCCCGAUGUGGGGCUGGUGUGCCGGAACCAGGACCAGACGGGCAGGUUCCAGAUGUGUCUCAACUAUCAGGUGCGUGUGCGGUGCUGCCAGCUGCCACCCAGCGGUUGCCCACUCUCGUCCCAGACUCCAUCGGUGUCCCCUGAGCCAUCUACCUCAGCUACCAUCCCCACCUCGAGGCCGUGCUACUGCAGCAUUUCUGGUCAGCUCUUUCCGGCAGGGUCUGUCAUCUAUCAGGAGAGUGACCUGGAUGGCCACUGCUACUAUGCCGUGUGCUCACUGGACUGCCAUGUGGUCAGGGGCACCGACAGCUCCUGCCCCCGCAGCACCUCUGCGCCCACGUCACGGGCCACCUCCCGGCCGGAGACCUCCGCAUCCAGCCCUGUGUCUGUCCCUGUGCCUGGCUGCCCCAGCGCCGUGCCACCCCGAGCCAGGGGCGAGACCUGGGCCAUGCCCAACUGCUCGCAGGCCACCUGUGAGGGUGACAAUGUCAUCUCCGUGGGCAGGCGGCCCUGCCCGCAGCUCACACCGCCCACCUGUGCCAACGGCUACCCCGCCCUGCUGGAGGCCGACCAGGACGGCUGUUGCAAGCACUACCAGUGCCAGUGCGUGUGCAGUGGCUGGGGUGACCCGCACUACAUCACCUUCGAUGGCACCUACUACACCUUCCUGGACAACUGCACCUACGUGCUGGUGCAGCAGGUGGUGCCUGUGUUUGGCCACUUCCGCGUGCUCAUCGACAACUAUUUCUGCGACUCGGCCGACGGGCUGUCCUGCCCGCAGUCCAUCACCGUGGAAUUCCGGCAGCACCGCGUGGAGCUGACACGCCGAGCCGUGCAGGGGGUCAUGACCAACCAGAUCCUGUUCGACGGUGCGGUGGUGAGCCCCGGCUUCCGCGCGGGCGGUCUGGCGGUGUCUCAGAUCGGCGUGAAGAUGUACGUGACGGUGCCCGAGCUGGGCGUGCAGGUCAUGUUCACCGGCCUCAUCUUCUCUGUGGAGGUGCCCUUCAGCAAGUUCGCCAACAACACGGAGGGCCAGUGCGGCACCUGCACCGACAACCGGCUCGACGACUGCCGCCUGCCGGGGGGCGCCGUGGUCACCUCCUGCUCCGACAUGUCCAGACACUGGAAGGUGACCACGCCUGGCCAGCCGUCCUGCCACGGGCCGCCCCCUGCGCCCACCACCUGGCCCACCACCCCGCCCACGCCAUGCCUGCCCUCCGCUGUGUGCCACCUGAUCCUGAGCAAGGUCUUUGCACAGUGCCACACCGUGAUCCCCCCGACACCCUACUACCAAGGCUGUGUGUUCGACAGCUGCCACAUGACCCAGGCCGACGUGACGUGCUCAGGCCUGGAGCUGUACGCCUCGCUCUGUGCUGCACACGGGCUCUGCAUUGACUGGAGGGCCCACACCAACCACUCCUGCCCCUUCCCCUGCCCGGCUGACCGGGAGUACCGGCCCUGCGGUCCCGCGGCCCCAGCCUACUGCUAUGGGAACGACACUGCCAGCCUGGAGGCCCUCCCCUACGCCGGCCUCAUCACGGAAGGCUGCUUCUGCCCGGCAGGCACCAUGCCUUUCAGCUCCGCCUCUGAUGUCUGCGUGCCCACUGACUGCCAGGGAUGCCUGGGGCCCCAUGGGGAGCUGGUGGAGCCUGGCCACGUGGUCACCGAGGACUGCCAGCAGUGCAGCUGUGAGGCGGGCUCUCGGACCCUGAGCUGCCGGCCCCUGGCCUGCCCACUGCCCCCAGCUUGCCCCAACCCCGGCUUCGUGCCAGUGCCUGUGACCCCCCAGGAUGGCCAGUGCUGUCCCUACUACAACUGUGCCUGCAAUGCCAGCCACUGCCCCGUGCUUGGGGACUGUCCUCAUGGCUUCCGGCCGGUGCAGACCCACGAAGAGGGGGCCUGCUGUCCCAGCCAGGUCUGCGUCCCCACCAAGCCCCCCGGCUGCAGUGUGAAUGGCACCUUGUACCAGCCGGGUGCUGUAGUGUUCCGGAACCUUUGUGAGACCUGCGUCUGUGUGGCACCCGGGGGCCCCGAAGCAGACACGUACAUGGUGACCUGCGAGACUCAGAUCUGCAACACACACUGUCCCAUGGGCUACGAGUACCAGGUGCCGAGUGGACAGUGCUGCGGGCACUGCGUGCAGGUGGCCUGCGUGGUCAAUGGCAGCGAUGGCUCCCCGCGACUCUUCCUUCCCGGAGCCACCUGGCCGGAGCCCGGGGACCGCUGUGUGACACACGAAUGUGAACGGCAUCAGGACGGGCUGGAGGUAGUGACCACCCGGAAGGCGUGUCCUCCCCUCAGCUGUCCCGAGUCCCAGGCUCAGCUGAGUGAGGACGGCUGCUGCCGCUUCUGCCCUCCACCCCGUCACGACAACAGCUCCUCCUGCGCCAUCUUCCACAAGCACCAGGUGAUCCGCCGGGACGGCUGUAGCUCUGGGAGCCCCGUACAACUGUCCUUCUGCCGUGGAAACUGUGGAGACACGGCGUCCAUGUACUCGCCCAAGGCCGAUGCCGUGCGGCACCACUGCCGCUGCUGCCGUGAGCUGAGAGUGUCCAGGCUGAGCGUGGCCCUAAGCUGCCCCGACGGCUCCCGCCGCACCGUCAGCCUGGCCCAGCCCACGGAGUGCGGCUGCCAGGGCCUGCGCUGUGACCCCCAGGACACGUCCUCCCAGGAGCAGAGCCAGGAGCUGUGGGGCCCGCCUCCCCAGUAGGCCGCAGUCCCCUGCCGCCCAGGCCCUGGGGCCCGAAGACCCACCUGCUCCCCCCGUGGCCCAGCGGGCGAGGACCCUGAUGGCCGGGCCACACCUGCGGGCGGGGCAUCCCUGGUCAGCUUGCCGGAAGUGCCGGCCGUGCAGAAAUACACUCGGCGUU